AUGCAAUGUCAUCGGCAUUUCUUACUUAUUUUGACGACAGAAAAGCUGGAAAAUUGCAUCACAGACGUCAGACAACAACGUGUGACAUGUAAACAAGUAGCAUUCGAAUCAUCGGUUUUCGUGACUCUCUGCGCUUAUUUACAGGAGACAAAAAAAGCGAAAGCAAAUAAAAAUGUUCAAGGCCGGAAAGCAUGUGGUGGCAAAAUUUAA